AUGGCCGAUGUAGCGAAAGCUCUUUCGGAGCAGACGCGCUCCCUAUUCGGUAGCGACUAUGGUCAAGCAAGCGCCGAUCCAGGUCUGAUCGCGCUCUCCUACAAGCGCAAAGCCGAAUACGAUGCCGUCAAAGAACUUCCUCGGGCCUUAGCAGAAAAGCAAGCGCAAGCAGCGACGUCGCGAGGCCCCAAGAGACCCAAAGUCCAGAAUGGAAGGAGCACAGCGCUGGUCAGGAUCAAUAACGACAAACCACGGACGAACGGCACAAGUGCAGGAGGAAGCACAACUACCACAUCGACCAGUCUAGUCCGACGACCAAAUAUGCUACAAGCGCGACCAGAAUGGCACGCUCCUUGGAAGUUAAUGCGUGUAAUCUCAGGACACCUUGGCUGGGUACGAUGUCUGGCAGUCGAUCCAGACAACCAAUACUUUGUUUCGGGUGCAGGCGAUCGGACGAUUAAGAUCUGGGAUCUAGCAACAGGAAACUUACGCCUCACACUUACUGGGCACAUUUCUACAGUCCGAGGCCUAGCCAUAUCUCCACGACACCCAUACCUAUUCUCCUGCGGCGAGGACAAGAAAGUAAAAUGCUGGGAUUUGGAAGCCAACAAAGUAAUAAGAGACUACCAUGGCCACUUAUCAGGCGUGUAUACAUUAAGCCUGCAUCCUACCUUAGACGUGCUUGUCACCGGUGGUCGAGACGGCGUUGCUCGCGUGUGGGAUAUGCGUACCCGUGCGAACAUUCACGUUCUCAGCGGACACAAGCAGACGGUCACUGACGUAAAAUGCCAGGAAGCCGAUCCACAGGUCAUAACAUCCAGUCUGGACAAGACAGUACGUCUGUGGGAUCUUGCAGCAGGAAAGACUAUGGGUGUACUGACACAUCACAAGAAGGGUGUGCGAGCACUUGCGCUUCAUCCCAAUGAAUUCACGUUCGCUUCUGCAUCAACACAGACCAUCAAGCAGUGGAAGUGUCCUGAAGGAGCACUCAUGCAGAAUUUCGAUGGACAUAAUAGUGUCAUUAAUACGCUUGCGGUAAACGAAGACAAUGUGCUGUUCUCAGGUGGCGAUGACGGAACAAUGUGUUUCUGGGACUGGAAGACUGGACACAAGUUCCAGAGUAAUGAUUCAAUCGCUCAGCCAGGCAGUCUGGAUGCUGAAGCCGGCAUUAUGAGCAGUACUUUUGAUCGAACUGGGUUGAGACUGAUUACUGGUGAGGCAGAUAAAACAAUCAAGAUCUGGCGGCCAGAUCCACAAGCUACCCCGGAGACUCACCCCUUGGACUGGCAGCCAACUUUGAGUCGUGUGAAGUACUGA